UACUAACAAAUCGGAUAAUGUCGAGUGAUAUUCCUAACGGCAAACGCACAAGACUGGCAGCUACCGGUGCGCACAGCAAUACUGCAAUAUUACCACAAGUGGCCCGACUCCGCAAACAGGAGGCAACCGGAUUAGUACCAUCGUCACCAUCGCUCAGUGUAACGCGUUUAGCAUAUAAUGUCAAACAAUUUAACGACAGUUUUGUACCGAUUCCUACAUCGCGUGAGGAAAAGCUCCAGAAGUUUAAGCCCGACGUCUCUCGCAAUGCAUGGAUCAGACGUCUGAGAGGACUGUUUCCCAUAACUCUAUGGCUUCCGGAGUAUAAUUGGCGAGAAAACCUAUUAACUGAUAUCAUUGUCGGCAUCACUAUUGCUAUAUUUCAAGUCCCACAAAGUAUGGGUUACUGUUUGAUAGCACACGUACCGCCAGUCUAUGGCCUGUAUUCGGCAUUUUUUCCGGCAUUAUUCUACACUAUUUUCGGUACGGGAUAUCACAGUGCUUUCGGUCCGUUUGCUAUCGUCUCCGGUGUAUUGACUGGCGAUAUAGUACUACAAGUAAUGCACGAAUUGGGCGUUGAAAAUAUCAAUGCUGUCAAUGUAGUAAAAGGAGAGUUAGAAGAUCUAACACCUGGAGUUGAUCCCAAAUGGGCCGAUUUGGUGACUAUAGAUAUAGCAAUUAUGGUUGGCUUUAUUAUCGGCAUUUUCAUACUGGCCUUCGGUAUAUUUCAAAUGGGUUUUGUCAGUAACUUUAUGUCUGAAGAAUUGAUUAGUGGUUUUACCACUUCUGCAUCGGUUAUAGUCUUUAUGUCACAAUUGCCUUAUCUGUUGGGUGUUAACUACAAUCACUUUAGCGGACCGUUUAAUUUGAUUUAUACACUCAAAGAAGUGUUUACCCGUUUGAAUGAAGUGAAUCUGACGACAUUAAUCAUAACAAUCAUAACUUUGAUUAUACUAUUGUUUUUCAAACUAGUGGUCAACCGAUAUACAGCUAAAACUCGUAUAAAAACACCGUUUCCUAUAGAACUAUGUGUAGUCAUCGGUGGUACCAUUAUCUCGCACUUUAUGGAUCUUAGUGGCAAAUAUAAUGUAAAAAUUGUCGGCGAUAUUGGCAAUAAAUUUCCAUCUCCACUACUUCCCCGGUGGGAAUUGUUUCCCAUAAUGUGGUCCAAAUGUAUUGCCACUGCAAUAGUUGGCUACACUAUUACACUAUCGGUUGGCAAAAUGUAUGCCAAAAAACACGGCUAUAAAAUUGAUGCCAAUCAGGAAAUGAUAGCAAUGGGCGCCACAAACAUGAUUUCCUGUUGCUUUCAAUGUAUACCAUCGGCCGCAUCAUUACCCCGAAGUGCACUCCAGGACACUGCCGGCGGUAAGACACAAGUGGUCAGUAUUGUCAACUGUUGCUGUAUUGUUGUCGUCAUACUAGCACUGGGACGCUAUUUAACGGAAUUGCCUACAUGUGUAUUGGGCUCAUGUAUUGCUAUAGCACUUGUAUCGUUAAUUACAAAAAUUGGUGAAUUUUGGCGCUUUUGGAAAGUAUCGAAACUGGAUGGGAUGAUAUGGUUGAUCACAUUUGCUUGUGUACUCAUAUUAUGUGUCGAUUACGGUAUAUACAUAGGACUGGUAUGUUCACUAUUGCUUCUCAUAUAUAAAUCUGAACGACCAAAGAUCUACCUGUUGGGUACAAUGCCACAUAUGGACAUCUAUGUACCGAUCAAUAAGUUCAAUAAUGUUGAAGAACCCAUUGGUUUCAAAAUAUUUCAAAUGUGCGGUCCAUUGAACUUCUCAAACGUCGAGUUUUUUAGCUCUGAAUUGGAAAACAAAUGUCAAUUGAAUUUAACUGCAAUUCAAAAAUACAUGAAAACCAAUGAAUAUAAAGAAAAUUUAGUCAAAAUACAGACCAAACAUUUUGAUUCACUUUCUAAAGUACAGCUAAUAAGACAGGCACUGGAUAUGCCUAAUCUGCCCAAGUAUUUGAUUAUUGAUUGUUCAAUGUUUGCAUUCAUCGACUUAACCGGUAUUAAUACAUUGAGAAAACUAAUGAUAUCGUUUGAGGAGAUCGGUAUACAGGCAGCCCUGUCCGGUGUGCACGUGCACCUCGAAAGUAUGUUCGCCAAAGAGGGCUUCUUCGAGCACGUGUCCACUGAUCACUUGUAUAAGUCAGUACACGACGCCGUUGUUUGUCUACAAGAAGUUGAUAUCGAUGUCAACGAUGAUGUCUAUAAUGACGUCCCAUUCAAGAACAGUCCGAUACAAUUGACACCUGUUUUCACAGAAAUAGAUCCAAAAAGAAACACAUUUAUAGAAGAUAUAAAUAAUAACAAUAAUAAUAAUAGCAUCGAUUUAAACAACAAACCUAAUAGUUAUGAUAAAUCACCAAAAAUAAGAUCCAACUCAAAGAAUGGUAAUAAAGUUUUCCGUUUUACUGAAAACCGAUUGUCCAAAGAGUCCUAUCAAUCGCAGUCUUCAUCGGCUAUUAAUAUGGAGGGCACUCCCCAUAUGUUACGUCGCAAAUCUUCGGCACCUAAUAUCGACUUUUUAUUUGACUUACCGUCCACUUCGACUUCUCCAUUGCCCUCUUCUUCCAGUGACGACGAUUCACCAAAAUAUUCACCGCCUUCUCCAAGACUGAUGGGAACUAUAAGUCCGGUAUCCACUCCCAUAUCAUUGGUACGAAACAAAAGCUUUGUCCACUCAACAAAAUUACCGCAAACACCGCAAUCAGACAAUCGUUCAUCCACUCCAAACAGGGCACCGAUACCUCCAAAUAGGGUUUCAUCGAUACCACUUGUUAGGCCACCCACACCGACCCCUCCUUCAAGUUUAUCAUCUGUUACUUCAAUGAAAGCUCUUAUCUCUCUUAAUUCGACUGCUGUAUCACCAAUGCCGUCACCGCCACCUUCACCAUCAGUUUCGGCUCCACCGCCUCCGCCUCCACCUCCACCACCACCGCCUCCUCCACCGAUGAAUUCGAAUGCUUCAGCGUUUCUUCCAUUAUCUUCUUCGCAAUUAAAGAACAACAAUCGUCUAUUAAAAUCGGCUAAAAAUGUUAGGUCACCCCUCCCGGAGCCUCUAGAAGACUAUACAGAUGAAAGUACACCACCAACUCCAGCACUGGCAGCUAACAGUGAAACUAAUAUAAAUCAUAAGGGAAUGUCAUCAUUAAAGGAAAGACAAGAUAUGGUUCAUCGGAUGUUACAAAACAAAAGGAUAUCCAAUGCAUAA